AUGCUAACCAUUUCGGUUAUAGAUUACAUCCGCCAGAAGAACAAGUACCUCCCCAAGGUCUUCGAGUGGAUCAAGGAGCACUCCACUGGAUCUCCUAUCCUCCCCGUCUCUGCUCAGUUCGAGGAGCGCCUCACCCUUCUCGGUGACGAGGCUGCCGCUCUCGAGGAGUGCAAGAAGCUCGAGACCAAGUCUGGUCUGCCUAAGAUCAUCACUACCAUGCGUACUGCCCUGAACCUGGCCAGUUUCUUCACCACUGGUGAGGAUGAGGUCCGUCAAUGGACUAUCCGUAAGGGUAUCAAGGCGCCUGCUGCCGCUGGUGUCAUUCACACCGAUUUCGAGAAGACCUUCAUUCAGGCUGUCGCAUACAACUACAGUGUUCUGCGUGAGGUCGGCGAUGAAGCCGGUGUCAAGGCUGCUGGUAAGAUCAUGACCAAGGGUAAGGAUUACGUCGUCGAGGACGGUGAUAUCCUCCUCAUCAAGGCUGGUGCUGCCAAGCACUAA